GCGUAAACGUCGUUGACCCCACAAACAGAAUAAAACAGGCUGUGAUGGAGCUGUGAAGGUUACAUUUCACCGCUCAAGAGUUGUUAUGUAUGUUUAAUGAUUUAUUUUCUCCUUGCCACAUGAUAUCCUAGCUAGCUGCUUUGUGCUUUCUCAUUAGAGGAAUCUGGUUCAAUUCAGCGGAAUAGACGUAGGUGGUGGUGGUGUGGGGUGGCUUCAGCAUUACGUAGUAGAGAGACACACAUACAGAGAGAGAUCAUGAGCUUCAAAGCGUCGCUUCCAGUGUCGCAGACAAAGUGUAAACUCUUCCAUGAAGGAUCAGGAUCAAUUCGCAGACGCCUCUCAUCCAUGUCACUGAGGAUCCAACCCAGCGGCCCAGCUGUUGCAUCGUCUUGGUCACUCCACAGAUCCAAGUCGCUCUUGUCGGUGGGUGACUAUGCAGGCACCUCCAUCAGGAAAUGGUGGGAGUGGGGAUGGGCUUGGAUCCUAUCCAGGAAGCCCGUCUUCGCCAGAGAUCUUGAGAUGAACAAGCAAGAAACCCAGAUCCUUGGCUCCCACGAUAGGGGCACUUGGAGGCACGUUCUCUAUAAGCUCCGCUCUGAGAUCCGAAGGCUCGUCGCUUCUGUUUCUGAUCCCGUAGGCCUUCCUCAAUCUGACAGGUCCCAUCAUCGUCAUUCUGUUGCAACUGCAAGCCCCACAACUCAAUCUUCGUAGUUACCUUUAUCUUCCAUCCGCAACCGGAAUCACUCCUGCCUGGUCCACAUAUACCUAUAACCAUAUAUGCCUUCUAUCCUUCCAAUAAAUUAGUCUUUGAAGAUCCCUCCAUAAUUCCAAUUACUUUUUGUUUGCCUAGCUUGUGCGAUUCCUUUAUUUCCUAUUCUUCUUGCUGUAUGUUAUUAAUUCUUCUUUCUUUUUUCAUUCGCUUCAUCUAUGUAUAAUAAUUCUCUGUUUCUUCAUUCUUGUCCGGCCAAUAUCUGGCUCACACAAAGCUCUGUACCAGAUUAUAUGCAUUAUAUUUAUAUUUAUCUGUUGUAUAAUGGAGUUGUUGAACAAAA